CUGACGUUUCGUAGGCUUUAUCUUUAAACUUAGGUCGACGGUUUUGUUAGGGAGCCACGUCUUGUAAAAUGCCGGACUCUAACCAAGACGCCAUUGAACUAGCCGGUCAAGAGUUGAGCAGACCCGACCAAGAAGAUGACACAGCCGAAGAACUAUAUCAUUUUCGGAUAUCCGACGUUGAAACUCACGUAAGAAAACCUAGCAGGCUGAAGGUCAAGGUCAGGAAGAUCCUCAAGCUCACCACCAAAAUGACUUUUGCCGAUUUCGAGCUGACCGCGAAGGAAAUCUAUAACUACUGCUUGAAACAAAUCAAAGACUCACACGAACUACAUACCAAGAGAUCAAAGGCCGUCGACAUGAUCAAGGACGUGAUAGAGAGAGCCGACGUUUCUUACAUUGACACCGUACACGUUGUCCACCUAACCUGGUCAAUUAUGAGCUGUAUCCAUCACUUCCAGCUUAGAUUCAGGACCGGCACCAAUGCUUUAAUAACUUGGACCAGAAGACGCAAAGCCCAAGAAUGCAUGGAGGUGUACGGCAGGCUGAUUAAGAAACUCCCCAAAGCCAUGCACCGAAUCAUCCUCAAUUCGAUGAUCGUUUUCUACAAGGAGGGAAAGCUGUGGACCAUCGAGUUCGCGCUCACCGAUCUCAUCUGCGACCUGCUCUAUCGUUACGAGGACGUCGAGGAAGCUCUUGAGGAUAUGAUCACAUCGGCGGAGGAGGCUUCACUGACGUCUCACCUCGACACGCAGAUGCUGAUCAAGGUGCUCUACGAGACUCUCGCAAAGAUACGCUGGAGUCACAUGAGCGAAACGAUGCUGAAACGAUUCCUGGUGAUGCUCAGGAAGAGCGUCAUCGCUGACCCGGGGGAAUUGUACCAUUACGCUUCUAUGCGACGCGGUUUGAACAUAUGUCUGAGAAACAUCACGAGAAACUUGAACAACAAGGAUCUCAUGCUGCUGUUAACGAUAAUAAUCAAAAAAAUAGCCAUGAGCGAAAUCAUGGAGAACGAAAUUUUGCUCGAGCUGGGCAACAUCGGUGAGUACGCGGCCUCGCGUUACGUCACGCAUUCGUUCCAAGUCUGCUUCCCGGAUGAGCUGCUGAUCAAUCUGUUGACGCUGAUCUCGGCCGAGAAUAUCUACCACAACCUCUUCGGGUCCCGGGUCUUGCAGAACUUGAUGGACCGCCAUCAUAACCUGUUCGAGUUCGAGAACGUCAGGAUUUAUUACAAGAACGUCUCUUAUGACAUCAACGUGUCGAGGUUCAACGUUCGCGACAAAAUCUACUUCAAGAGAUAUAGAGGCGCGAUCCACAACGCUCUCAUGGUAUCCCUCGCGAACCAUUAUACCCACAAAGUUAAUUUGGAGAAUAUGUAUUCGACGUUGGCCGUGAUCUGCGUGGAAGUACCCUGCGCAUACACCGCCGCGAGCAUAGUAUGCAUCGCCAUGGCCAUGCAGGAAUUCGUGCUUGACAGAGUAACCGGCGGUUCCGACAUGAUCGCCAAUCACCACGUCCACGCCAUCGUCAUGGCGCUGAUGUCGCUCGUCUGUUACGUCCACAAGGCUGGGGUCUUCUACGACUACGUCACGAAGAUCAUGGAGAGGCGUUCGGAGCUCGCGCCCCACCUGAACCCCCCGAUCAAGGGCAGCUACGCUUACGCCCAGCACCACGUGCUGUGGAACAAGCCCGCCCUGUUUUUCGAAGAUUGGGAGGUGAGGUACGGGCUGUGGAAAUGUUUCCGCGCUAGCGAUAUUAAGUAACA